UCCCAUUUCCGCCCGGCCGGCGGCGCGGUGGGGCCAGUGCCAGCAGAGGCGCGCGGUCCUCCCUCCGCCCGCCCGCGCCGGGGGCUGGCCCUGCCUCGCCGGCGCCUUUUUCCCCCGCACCGCGGCGCCGCUUCGCCACUCGGGCACCACAGGUAGGGCAGGAGGCUGGAGUGCCUGCUGCCCGCUGCCCGUAAAAUGGUCACCUCGGCUGGACAGUUCGCCCUCUUCGCGCUGGGUAUCUUGUUGGCCGUGUGCCAGGCCCUGGAGAACAGCACGUCCGCCCUGAGUGACCCGCCCAUAGCUGCAGCUGUGGUGUCCCAUUUUAAUGACUGCCCAGAUUCCCACAGUCAGUUCUGCUUCCAUGGAACCUGCAGGUUUUUGGUGCAGGAGGACAAGCCAGCAUGUGUCUGCCACUCUGGGUACGUCGGCGCACGCUGUGAACACGCAGACCUCCUGGCGGUGGUGGCCGCCAGCCAGAAGAAGCAGGCCAUUACCGCCUUGGUGGUGGUCUCCAUAGUGGCCCUGGCUGUCCUCAUCAUCACAUGUGUGCUGAUACACUGCUGCCAGGUCCGAAAACACUGUGAGUGGUGCCGGGCCCUCAUCUGCCGGCACGAGAAGCCCAGUGCCCUCCUGAAGGGAAGGACCGCUUGCUGCCACUCAGAAACAGUGGUCUGAGGAGCCCAGAGGAGGAGUCCUGCCAGGUGGCCCGCGGCAGCCUGAGGAAGAAAGGACUUCUUGAGGUCGGGACAGCAAGGGCGGCCUGGGACGUGCCCACAGACCUUCCCGACUCUGCCUGCGAUCGCCUAUGCGGCCUUUGCAUCUCUUGUGGGCCUUUCUUCCAAACUCUGUCAAGAACUCUGUCUGCUUGGGUUUAUGCAGUGUGACCUGGAGAAGAAAUCAGUGCACCACAGCUUAACGACUGGUCCAAAAGGACCAGCACGGGGCGGACCUCCCAUUUACCUAGUGAGGUGUGUGCGUCCCAUCUGCUUCCAGGGCUGUGUGAGUGUGUUCUGCCAUCACGGAUGCCAGGCUGUGUUUCUCUUUAAUGGGCCUAUCUUCCCACAAGGCUCCAUCCUACCCGACACCAGAGAGUCCCACAGUUGGUACAGUUUUUUUCUUAUCCGCUCAUGGGGGAAGAAGGUAGAAAAGGCAUAACUGCUUUUUGCUACGUGAAGACACCAGAGGAGGGCACGUCUGCUCUCUGUCCACGAAACCCUCAACCAGCCUGAAGUCUUCCAUCGUCGCAUGAGGUUGAAGACCUUCCCAAGCCAUCACCACCCUCAGAGAUGAAUUCUUAUUUAGUAGAUGGAGAAUGGUUUUAUUUUUAAUCUCCUAAGUCAAUGUCAAAAAUGUAAAACCAGGAGUUCCCAUUGUGGCUCAGUAGUAAUGAACCUGACUAGUAUCCAUGAGGACACAUGUUCAAUCCCUGGCCUCGCUCAGUGGUUUAAGGAUCCAGCAUUGCUAUGAGCUGCAGUGUAGGUCACAGACGAGGCUUGGAUCUGGCUUGGCUGUGACUGUGGCGUAGGCCUGCGGCUGUGGCUCCAAUUCAACCCCUAGCCUUCGAAUUUUCAUAUGCCUUGAGUAUGGCCCUAAAAAGACAAAAAAGAAAAAAAGUAAAACCCUUUCAGACAUGUGCAGUAAUGAUGUAUGUAUUGCUGGCUAGAAAGUUAUACUGAUUAGAAAUGCCUGGGAGUUCCCAUUGUGUCUCAGUGGUGACAAACCCAACUAGUAUCUAUGAGGAUGCUGGUUCGAUCCCUGGCCUCCCUCAGUGGGUUAAGGAUCUGGCAUUGCCGUGAGCUGUGGUGUAGGUCGCAGAUGCGGCUCGGAUCUGGUGUGGCUGUGGCUGUGGUGUACACCAAUGGCUACAGCUCCAAUUCACCCGCUAGCCUGGGAACUUCCGUAUGCCACAGGUGUGGCCCUAAAAACAUCAAAAAAAAAAAAAAAAAAAGAAGGAAAAAAAAGAAAUGUCUGGUCUUUGGGAGACAGCUGAAGCUUGAGAAAAGCCGCCCAAGAUGGGUGGAGAUGGAAGCAGAUGAAUUGCUGAUGGGAGCAAAGAUCAGGGUUCAGAGGUCAUGCCAUUUAAUACCUGAAGCAGGUAAAUGCCCCAGGAUACAUUCCUGUUGAAAAGUUAGUGGAUCUGUCAGUGGAGAUCUGGCACCUUGUCGAGGAAGGGAGUAUGUGUGUGCGCGCCUCUGCCUGGGGAAACACAAGAGUAACUGCACGGCUCUCUUCUUAAACAUGUUCCCCUUCUAGUGGGCCCUCCAAGAAACUGUUUGGAAACAGAGCAUUAGCAGAGAGCCACAGGCAUUUGGGUCUGCGUCCAUGGAAGCAGGACCGGUCACUUAUUUUCCAUGUUAUGACUUGGUGGAUUUGAUGCUUUAUUUUUAAAAAGGAGAAAUUGAACUUUCCUGUUUAUUUUCAAGCAUUAGAAGAAAUAUCCAAGUGAUUUUUUUUUUUUCUUUUCCAGUCAGGAUACUGGUUUUAUUAACAAAAACCCUAACAAGCCACCUCAACAGUGUGGGUCUCGCUUUUCCCUCAGAGAAGGAAAAAUUGUUCUUUGGGUCCUUUUCAACGCAGUGGGCCUGCCUUUGGGAAGCGUGGUUUCCUUCAACUGCGCACAGGAGCUCCUCCCUAGGAACUGUCAUUAAAAUCUGAAACAGGGAGUUCCCAUCGUGGCUCAGCAGUUAACGAAUCUGACUAGCAUCCAUGAGGACGAGGGUUCAAUCCCUGGCCUCGCUCAGUGAGUUAAGGAUCUGGUGUUGCCGUGAGCUGUGGUGCAGGUCACAGACUCGGCUCAGAUCUGGCAUUGGUGUGGCUGUGUUAUAGGCCGGCAGCUGUAGCUCUGAUUAGCUGUAGCCUGGGAGAACCUCCAUAUGCUGAGAGUGCGGCCCUAAAAAAAAAAAAGGCUUAAUUUAAAAAAUCUGAAACAGGAGGAGUUCUCUUGUGAUGCAGUGGGUUAAAGAUCUGGCAUCGUCACUGCGGCAGCUUGGGUCACUGCUGUAGCGCAAGUUUGAUCCCGGGCCCAGGAACUUGCACACACUGCAGGUACAGCUAAAAGAGAAAAAUAAAAUAAGCAAAAUAAAAUUUGGAAACAGAAUAACAAUGAAAUAAUAUAUAAACUCCUCAUGUCAGGGAACUCUUUAUUCACUAAUAGUGGAAAAAUGGAAGAUUUCUACCUAUUAACCCUCCAGUGCAUCUAGCUCCUCACAGCGAGAAAGUGAUCUGUAAACUCUGCCAAGGUGGCUUGAAAUUUCUACCAACUCAUUUUGUCCUCCCCACAUUCUUCUGCCCCAGUCUGUCUAUCUCAAUGAAUUCUCUCUGUAUUCCUUACAACCGAGACAAUGAUAUGACCCAUGUCUUAAUUCUGGCACUUUCAUUGAAUGAUGCUGCGCCCGAGGCACCAAGAGCAGAAAUGGGAUCUGUUCACCCGCUGGCCCUCGACAGUGUCACUGACACAGCUCCUGGGGUUUUGGUCAUAAAAGAACAUAGGCUCAGGUGUGCAUUCCUUAGGCCGGUCCUACAGCAGCAGAUCUGCGGGCUGAGGCUUGACCAUAGGAGACCAUCGCAGUUGACACUGGUUUGCAGACCCCAGUUUGUAUUCCCUCUUCUCAUCAGGCUCUCCUGAAAGUCUGAUUGCCGUUCAGAGAGACUCGUGAAAGUGGAGUAGCAUCAUGUGUUUUUAAUGUGAGAUCCCGCUUGUACUUUGGGACAAUCUGCCUCAGUCUUUUAGAAACUCUUUGAGGUCUGGUUGCCUUGAAAGAACAUGAACUGAGGUUGAGAACAUCCUGUGGGGUUUUCUCCCCCUCAUGGAUGGAAGGAUCAGUGUAAGUCCAAGAGCCUUUGCAGAAGGAUGAGAAGAUGAGGGUGGAAGCAGAGGCAACCUUCUCAGUUCGCUGGGGGGACUUCACUUGCAGUGUCUGUAAAUGCUCCAGUUCAGCAAGUACCAGCUGCCAGUGCUUCCCUUCUUGUGCCUGUACCACCACAGCGUGCACGGGCACAAACGUGUGCCUCCCCAGAAGUGCCUCUCAGAGCAGCAGGUCUGAAAAGCAUUGGAAGCAGAAACUGGGGUGAAGGCAGGCCGGGUCAGCCCUUUGUCCAUGCUCCAAGAGAUGAGAACCUCGCUUCUUUACUGAUUUCUCUUUCAGAAAUCAGAUGGCCAACAAUCAUUAGAUUUUUGUGCCAUUCAUAGUAUUGGGACUUCUUGGGUUAGCUAUAAAAGUGCCCCCCUUUCAGGUUAAAAAUCAUCUUCUAAUCCAUCUCUGUAGGCACCGUGUGUUUCCUUGCCUUUUAGAAAGCCCAGUUCAGCGUUCCCGUUGUGGCUCAGCAGGUUAAGAGGAUGCAGGUUCAAUCCCUGGCCUCGCUCAGUAGGUUAAGGAUUCAGCAUUGCCACAAGCUAUGGCAUAGGUCACAGAUUUGGCUCGGAUCUGGUGUUGCUGUGGCUGUGGUGUAGGCCAGCAGCUAUAGCUCCAGUUGAGACCCCUAGCCCAGGAACUUCCAGAUGCCUCAGGUGCCACAGUAAAAAGGGGAAAAAAAAAAGCCGAGUUCAUUAUGAUUAGGGAGUCAUUCCCAAGAGCUGACCUGGUAAGCAGCCACACACCUGAGGGUGGGGAACAAAGCUGUUUCCAGUGUGUCUCAGGAGAAAUGAAAACCCCCUCGCUUAAAAAGGGGGGGUGGAGGGAGUGCUUCCACAUCUUUUAUGGAGCCUGGAUUCUCCCACUGCUUCAUGGGCUGUGACUUCCUUAAGCAUACUGGCCGGAAACAUCGUCUUCUAGAUGGAAGGUUAUAUAGCAGCCUGUUGUAUCUGGGAGACACUUCGGGACCCACGUCACGUGUAAGCAAGCCAGAUAGGAGCUUGUCAUAGUGGCCAGCAGAGGACAGGGCGGAAUGUCCCCAGAAUCUAUUUUCCCGUGGGAGGAGAAGGUGGAAUUGACAUUCCCCCACACACACUGGGGAAGGAGGAGGUGUGAUUCUAGAGUUUCUUGGGAGCCUGUUGUUUGCAGGCAGAGAAAGCGUCUGGCAUCUUCAGGUUUCUGAGGUCCAGCGUGCCUCUGUGCGCACGAACCCCUGUCCGCUCUUCCAGGCAAUUUUGGCAGCAACUGUUCAAUGAGGCUCCAACCCUGCUCAGGAGAUCCCAACCCUGUAGUAGGAUCUGGGCCUUGAUUUCUCCCAACCUGCUCAGUGGAGGAGGGGACAGGGGGAUGAUUCAAAAGCCCAGGACUGAGGGGGACAUCCCAGAAACAGGACCAACACAUACGUUUGUUCUUAUUGUUCUAACGUAAGACCUGUUCUCUCUAGCCACUGAUUUUACCAGGCUUUCUAAAAGAUCUCGUGGUAAAUACACACAUGGUACUGAAAACAACCCCUCUACCCAGUGUAAUAAUUUACUGAAGUAUUCAACUCUUCAUUACCUUUAUGAUAGCAAACCUGAUGCUUUUUUUUUAAGAACUUGUUACUCUGACUUCUGUAUAUGUUGCACUGAAAAGGUUAAUAUUUAAUGUUUAAUUUAUUUUGUGUGGUAAGUUAAUUUUGAUUUCUGUAAUGCCUUAAUGUGAUUAGCCAUUCUUUUCCUUAAUAUCUGAAUUAUAGUUAUUUAAAGAGUAGUGAGCGAUAUAAAAUGCAGUUGUGUUUUUCAGUAAUAUGUAUUGUUGUUCAGUUGUACUGUACCUUGUUUGAAAGGAUGAAGGAAUGAACUCUUUUUUUUUUCCUAAA